AGAACGAAAAAGAUUAAAAAGGGUGGAGAAUCUGGAGAUACCCGCUUCCAAUCCCCAAAUCAACGGAGCCUCAUCUCCCCCACCGGGGACGAAGUCUUCUCGCUGCGAGCUUCAGACAAAUCUGUCAUUUUUUUCCCCAAUGCCCCCACGAUCCGGCCCCAAAACCCUGAGCCUAACGCCAUUCCGCCUCACCGAUCCCUCCCCUCAAACCCUAUCCCCGUAGAUCCACCCAAUCUCUCGAGAAGUAGCGAGAAUUGGGACAGAAGUUUGUGGGAUCGAGAGGAGGAGGGGAUGAACGGGAAGGGGAACUCGCUGCCGGCGUCCCUGGGGACGGGGCGGCUGUUCACCGUGGGGCUGGUGACGGCGUGGUACUCGUCCAACAUUGGGGUGCUCUUGCUCAACAAGUACCUUCUCAGCAACUAUGGUUUCAAGUUUCCGAUCUUCCUCACUAUGUGCCACAUGACGGCGUGCUCGCUCCUCAGCUACGUCGCCAUUGCUUGGCUCAAGCUGGUCCCGAUGCAGACCGUGCGGUCCCGGCUCCAGUUCUUAAAGAUCGCGGCGCUGAGCCUGGUUUUCUGUGGAUCGGUGGUCAGCGGCAACGUGUCGCUGCGCUACCUGCCCGUGUCCUUCAACCAGGCCGUCGGGGCGACGACGCCGUUCUUCACGGCGGUGUUCGCCUACAUCAUUACUGUCCGCCGCGAGGCCUGGAUCACGUACAUCACCCUCAUCCCCGUCGUCACCGGCGUCAUCAUCGCCAGUGGGGGGGAGCCGAGUUUCCAUUUGUUUGGUUUUAUCAUGUGCAUUGGUGCAACUGCUGCACGGGCAUUAAAGUCAGUGCUACAAGGGAUUUUGUUGUCUUCUGAGGGGGAAAAACUGAAUUCAAUGAAUCUCCUUCUAUACAUGGCUCCAAUAGCAGUUAUUUUGUUACUCCCAGUAACACUUUUUAUGGAGGAAAAUGUUGUCGGCAUUACAGUAGCACUUGCUAGAGAAGAUAUCAGAAUUAUAUGGUAUCUGUUAUUUAAUUCUUCUCUGGCAUAUUUUGUGAAUUUGACCAACUUUUUGGUGACCAAACAUACCAGCGCCUUGACGCUCCAGGUUCUGGGGAACGCCAAAGGUGCUGUGGCUGUGGUAGUCUCGAUUUUAAUAUUCAGGAAUCCGGUAUCAGUGACUGGGAUGCUUGGUUACACUCUCACAGUAAUUGGGGUCAUUCUUUACAGCGAAGCAAAGAAACGUAGCAAGUGAGAGCAUCUCUAGAACCGAGGGGCAAAUGUUCAUUGUUUUAUACCCAGAGUUGCGAUAGCUUCACCAGAAACCUGAGGUUGCUUGGCAUGUACAUGCGGCUGAUGCAUGUCUUGCGCCCUAUUCUUUUUGCGGGAACCUGCUAAAGGUUGCCAUCUGUAUCAACAAUGAAGACCAGUUAGCUAGUAGGAUAAAGAAAUUUUUGAAUAAAGAACAGAUUGGCCUUAAUUUUCUUUUUUGGGGUGCAUUCUCUCCCCAGAUCAUCCUGAUGAAGGAUAGGAUCCUUGUAAUUCUUUGCACACGUACAGGAUUUUACUCUAUUCAUAUAUUGUUUCAAUCCUCA